GAGACAAAACGAGAACUAAGGCAGAGAUUGUUGUGACAACAACUGAAAAACAAACUACAACUACACGGUUCUUGAGAAGAAUCAGCAAGCAUGAAGACUGUUUUGUCUGUCGCUUUCCUCGUUGUGGCUCUUUGCUUGGUCUGUGAGGCUGUGCAAGUCCAGGAAGGCAAUUUUUCCUUUUCACUGGACUCGGUGAAAGUUCUCCAGCAAUUAAUCGACAAACCACAAACACAAAACCUUCGGCUGGCCAAGACGAGCUACUUCUCUGUAUGUUCCAAUCCAACCCUGCCACAGGAGUUUGUGCCUCUGUGCAUGCAGAGAGGAGCAACAAUGUCCUUCGCUAGACUAGCAUCCGUGCCUGUCGACGUCUGUGAAAUAUGUGCUUUUGCGGCCUGUACCGGCUGCUAAUUCCUCCCAUCAUUCCUUCGCUUGAUCAUUCUCACCUCGAAUUAAUAAUAAAAUCUGCAUAUUUCCAUUUACUGCCAUAAGUUCUCACAAUUAACCAUAUGAACUUUGUUGCCUGAAUGGCAAAACUCCAAAUGGCAGCACUGUUAAUGAACUGUUACUUCCUUCCCCUCUUUCCUUUCCCAUAUUUUGUUUUGUUACAGCACAUAUUUCAUUUAUUUAAGAAAGAAGUGUCUUUUGUUAUUUUUCUAUUUCUCAGUUUUGCUGGGUUUUAUACUCCUUUGUGUGUGGUAAUGCCUCAGUGUUCAAUAAAAUGCAUUGAAAAUCGAA